AUGUUUGGUGCUUUUAAACCUACUAGUUCUGUUUUAGGUGGGCUAUUAUGGAAAUCUCCAUGGAGGAUGUCUGCUCCUCAGAAAUCUAGAGUUAGAAAUAGAUUGAAAGAUGUUGAUGAAGUUAUAAAGCAAGUUACUCUAGGGUUACAUGUUCAAAAGUGUCAAGACAAGGGUAUUUCUUAUGAGGAGUCAUUAAAGAGUGAUACUCAAUACAAGCCUCGUAGUAAGCUUUUGAGAUUGCUUAAUAAAUCUAGUUUUUUCCCUAAGGAAAGUGAGAUGUUACCAAGAGAUAAAUACACUGUGUUUAAUAGAAAAUCCGAUGGUUACAGAAAGAGUGUUCAUAAGGUUCCUAAGUGGACUAAGAUAUCUAUGAGGAAAAACCCUGAUCACUUCUAG